AACGACAGACUGUGAAUAUGGAGUUUCAUUGUAUAAAUCGUUCAUUUUCCCUGUAGACGAUUAGUUUGACCGUGCAGGGAGCUGGUAUUAAACGCUAGCUGGCAACUAGUUCUGUGACAGAAAUAUAUGCCAUCUCGUCGCUCUGGUGAGCGAGCGAGCUGCGAGCCCCAGCGACUCAGCGAGUUUCAGUACAACUUGUGGCUUGUGCGUUGUCGGUAACGUUUACACCUUCUCUCGUUGAACUUUUCCACGUGUCCUGUCGCAAACCGUCCAUCCGCCGCUUUAGCGGUGAACAGGUUACCGUCGUAGCCGUUGGUUGGCGAGGGACGUAUCCGUCGUGGGUAUUUUUUUUAAGACGGACUCGGUCCUUCCGGACGUAACCCACCAUUGAAGUUUCUGCCCUUUGGCAUCUUGUUAGAAAGUGUGCCAAGUCAUGGUGCCCCUUGGUACGACGGGCCGCUACGGUUUGCUGUGACAAGUGCAUUUUUAUACACUUGAACCGACGACGCUCUUUCCCCCCCUGCUACUUCCUGACAGUGACUGGUGCUAUAAUAGUAGUACUAGUAGUAGGAGUAGUUAUAUAUAUAUAUAUAUAUAGUUUUAGUGGUGCGUGUAUGGUUGGUUUAUGUUACUGAGCUGUGUUACAAUAGUCAGACCGAAGCCUCUGCACUGUGAAUUUGUAAAUUUUGUUUUGAACGUUUCUUCGUCGUCGUUGAUACAACUGGUCGUAGGAACACUGCUUCAGAUAUUAAGACUAGAGCCAAGUAUGGUCUGCUGAGCUUCUGCCUUGCAACAACUUAUCCAGCAGCAGCGGGACAGCGAGAAGAUGAAGAGAUUAGGCAGUUUCUGGUGGCGGAUGUGGUGUUGGGACAGCGGCGGUUCCCUCUCCUCCUCGUCCUCGUCCUCGAGCGCGGCCUCCAAGAAGCCAUUACACAGCUGCUGGCAGUUCUCGCGAGCGCUGUGGCUGUCGGCGACGAUGGUCCUCCUCCUGCUGCUCCCCCUGACACCCCAGGUGGCGGCUUCUGGCGGCGAGAACUACACCAUCCCCUCGUCGGAUUUGCCUUCCUUGGCCUACGACGUCCUCCCCAGUCAUCCGUCGCACACUACUCCCUCUGUCACUGCCCCUGCCCCUGCUGCCGGUGGCGGCGGCGGCGGCGAGGGUCCCUAUGACUGGGACGUCGACUGGGACACUUGCAGCGGGAAAAAGGCCAAGAUUUGGCCAAGAUACGAGGACGACCCAAGGAACACCAGCAUCUUCGUCGGGUUUCUGCCCACCCAGCGCGGCAAGGCCUCGGAGCGGUUGGGUCUGAAGAUUCCCGGGGCCUUCUCCUACGCCGUCGACGAAGUCAACUCCAAGGGUCUCUUGCCACAGGGUUACAUCAUCAGAUACGGGGUUUACGACACCCACGGGUCAGAGGUCACAGGAAGCAUGCACAUCGUAGACCUCAUCUGUCAAAAUGUAUCGGCCAUCUUUGGUCCUGAACACACCUGUUACGUCGAGGGAACGAUCGCUGAGGGAAAGAAUCUCCCCAUGAUAUCCUACAGUUGCAGCGAUGAACGAGCUUCAAAACUGGCCACGUUUGCAAGAACAAAUCCUUCAGAGAUCAACAUUAUCAAGACGACUGUUGCUACCCUGUUGCAUAACAACUGGAAAAAAUUCUCCAUUUUGUAUAGUGAAGAUCAUGUCACCAUGAUGGAGACGUUGAAAAUGGAAGCUGAACUUAGAAACAUGACAAUUAACCAUGAGAUUCCAUACAAUAAAGAAAAGCUGCCAGUCAUCUUUAGAGAGACUAAAAGUAGUACUAGAAUAUAUGUUUAUAUUGGUCAUCGAGGACAAGUACAGGAGAUUUUGACAGUAAUGGCUAUGACAGGAAUAUUUAAUUCCAACCCCUCAGAACAAAAUGAAUAUCUUUUACUCUUCGUCGAUAGAGAAGAAUACAGAUCUGAUGACUGGCCCACUUAUAUAUGGGAUGAGCAGACUUUGAGUCACAUGGGUUCCGGAAAGCCGUGUGUGGAGCAUGACUUGAAGGUGUAUGAUAGGGUGUUCAUGGUGAUCGCUAACCGCUUCCCGGAAGUGAAGUCCUUUGAAGGGAAAGUAAAGGACUUCAAUAAUAAGCAACCUCUGUGUUUAGGUCAUCGAGAUUCAUUCAGCAGAAAUCAGAAACGACCCAUCUACGACGACCCGCACACUCCUUACCUGCCGUCGGCAUAUCUGUAUGACUCUGUUCUGCUGUACGUAAAUGCUGUGAGGGAAUUAUUUGAAGCACCAAAUAAUACGGAGUCAGUGGAAGCACUAGCACGGAAUGGAACCAAGAUCAAAGAGCAUAUUAGGAGCAAACAGUAUCAAAGUAUCCUGGGGUUUAACAUUUCAAUGGAUGUAAAUGCAUCCAGUGAAGGUAGCUAUAGUGUAUACUAUUUUUCUAACUGUGAUGAAAAGCAGAAGCUAUACAACUGCUCAAAAUGCUUAAUCAAGAUCAGUGACUAUUACAGUGAGAAUCACUCACUGAAGUUAGAUGCACCAAGGUUAAGUAUAUUAGAUGAGCCCAUCUGCAAAUACGACAACUCGAAUUGCAACAACAAAGGAGUGGAAUUUCAACGUGCCAUUGCCUGGGUGAUGGGAGGCUUCCUCAUUGUAUUAUCCUUUGUGACAACGAUUAUGUAUCGCAACUGGAAGUACGAACGAGAAAUAAUGGGUCUUCAGUGGCGGAUUGCAGUGGAUGACUUGAUGUUCAAUUGCCAGACUACUGCUGGGAGUAGGCAAAGUCUUGCAAGUGCAUUAUCUUACGAUAUGCAUGGGCAGUGGUUUCAGUAUUUAGCCAAAUACAAGGGUACUGUUGUAUGCUUGAAGUCCAUCCAGAUGAACCACAGGAAACCAGAGCUAAAUAGAGAAACAAUGAAAGAGAUGAGAGUUAUGAGAGAGAUAAAACAAGAUAAUGUUUGCAGUUUCGUUGGGGCUUUCACUGAGGGUGGAACCGUUACCUUGGUGACAGAAUACUGUACAAGAGGAUCACUUAUUGACAUAUUAGCAAUGGAAGACAUUAAACUUGACCGUCUCUUCAUAUCUUCACUUAUUCAUGACUUAUUAAGGGGGAUGAUAUAUCUUCACUCAAACUUUGGACCUCAUGGCAAUCUUAAGUCAUCAAACUGUGUUGUUAAUGGAAGAUGGGUUCUACAGAUUACAGACUAUGGCCUGCAUGAUUUACAAUAUGAAGUUCUGAAUAGUCUAUUAAAAGAAGAUAGGGCUCAGGUGGACAGAAGGUUAUUAUGGAGAGCCCCAGAGCUGUUGAAAAUGGGAAUAGAAGCCCCUGGCACAAAAGAAGGAGAUGUGUACUCGUUUGCCAUAAUUUUUCAUGAAGUGAUUGGCCGACAAGGUCCAUUUGGGACGUAUGAAAGCAAUACAGAUGAUGCUUCAGUGAUUAUUGAGAAAUUGAAGUCAGGAUCCACAGCUGCGGGAACUCCAUACCGUCCAUGUCUUUUAGAUUUAAGUCACAUGCCAUUUGGCUCAGAAGAGUACGUCCGAUCUGCAAUGGAGUCUGCUUGGGAUGAGAACCCAGAAGCUAGACCAACCUUUAAAUCAUUAAAACUCAAACUGAAAAAUAUGAAAGAUAAGAGGAGUAAAGGUAAUAUUAUGGAUCAUAUGGUGCACUUGAUGGAGCAAUACAGUAAAAAUUUAGAAGAUUUAGUUGAAACAAGAACUAGAGCCUUAAGAGAAGAAGAAACAAAGACAAAGGAUCUUUUGCAUCGUAUGCUUCCUCCGUCUGUUGCAGCAAAUCUCACCAAUGGUGUUCCAGUUCCUCCAAAAGGAUAUGAUGCUGUGACAAUCUACUUCAGUGAUAUUGUUGGCUUCACAUCAUUAUCAGCUUCAAGCACACCUAAAGAGGUUGUGGAGUUCCUCAAUGAUUUGUACACGUUAUUUGAUGGCAUCAUAUGUUGGUAUGAUGUGUAGGUUGAGACCAUUGGUGAUGCCUAUAUGGUAGUUUCUGGUCUUCCUAAACCUAAUGGUGGAAAAAAACAUGCGGGCGAAAUUGCAUCCAUGGCUCUUGAAUUGCUGCACGAGGUAAAAGAGAAUUUUCACAUACGACACCGUCCAAGCAUGAGGCUGCAAUUGCGGAUUGGCCUCCAUACUGGACCAGUAAUGGCAGGUGUAGUUGGUGUAACUAUGCCAAGGUAUUGUCUCUUUGGGGACACUGUGAAUACAGCAUCAAGAAUGGAAAGCAACGGUGAACCUUUAAGGAUACACAUUUCACAAGAAUGUAGAAAGGCCCUAGUGAAUCUUGGUGGUUAUGAAAUAGAAGAAAGAGGUCUAGUCACUAUGAAAGGCAAAGGAGAAGUCCGUACCUUUUGGCUUAAUGCUGCAUUACAAGAUGCAGUUCAGAGGAAACCUGAAUGCAAUGAGCCAGCACAACCAUUUUUGUCACAAAGUAAUGGCUGUGAUAAUGAAUAUAGAAGACGCAGUCCUAGAUUGUCUUCUACUUGUGGAAGAACUGCAAGCAUUCCAAGGAGUAUGGAGGACAUUGGAGAAAUUAGUUGUGGCAUGCCUCAUUUUAACCGUGAUGGGUCACCUCUGCCUAGGGAUUCUCCACGUUCCGAUAUUUCCCUUCACCGUCGACGCCUUAGUUCUAAUUUACAUACCGGUAGUAUUGAUCAUAAUCCUCGAGGCAGCCUACUUUGUCCACCAAAGGAUAGUAUUUCAAAUAUUGUACAUCAAAGUAGAAGUCUAGACCAGUUGCCACAAACAGAAUUACGCUUAGAAGUUCCUUUAUUGCGCAGUCCUGAUGCAGCUUCACCAUCAUCAUCGGAACCCAUGCUUCUAGAUGACAGACAACGUGGUGUUAAUUUCUGUCCAAGUGCAAAUAACGAUGAAGAUGCUCUUGGUAGUCAUAAUGAGGGAGAAAAUCACCCCAUGUUGAAAAAGGAAACUGAAAUAGAGCAUGGUGGUAGAAUUAUAUAUGAUGGUGAAAAUAGUCCUCCAUUUUCAGAACCUCCAAGCAAACCUUCACCAACAAUUUUAUCAAGAGUUAUAGGUAUUUUACGUCCCAAUUCACGAAUAACUUCUAAUAAAUUAACUUUAAAUGGAUUGAAAAGAGAAAGUCUUGUGUAAAUAUGAAUCGAGUUAUUAAAUUAUAUGUACAGUAACAGUAUUUUUCUGUGAAACACCUCCUGAAAAUGGUGACGUGCUCAAAUGUGGAUUCCGAAAAAAAAAAAAAAAUUAACCUGAUACAUGUGGACGAGUGCAAAUGCUAUAAGCUGUACUGUGCUUGUCCAGAUAUGAGAAGCAGUGACAAAGUGCAGUGAAAAUGGUGCUGCCAGUUAAAUUUAUGGAAAUAUAUUUUCCCUUUACUAAGUGCUUCAAAAAACUAUUGUGGAUGUUUGAUCUGAUUGUGAUUAUCUAUUAUAAAUAAUAGAUUUACAUUAUGAAGUGAUUGUGCAUUUCUUAUUGAUUUUGAUUAUGAUUUGUGAUACAAACAGUUUACAUAUCAUUCUCAUAUAAACACUAUUUUGAAAGACAUUUCUGUGAAGGAACUACUACUACUACUGAAAUGGUUCAAGCAUUUUAAAGCAAUGGAGAUGUGAAUCUUGAAAAGAAUAUGGCAUGAAAAAUAACUGACUUAAGCACAUUUAUUUAAUAUUGUAAACAUUUGUAGAUACGUACUGUGUUAUAAAAUUUUAACCUAUAUGAUGAUAUUCAUAAAAUUUCAAAUUCUAUGAUGAUUUUAAGAGGAUAUUUUUACAAAGAUUAUGUAUACUUAAUAAAUUGUACAACUUCA